CAGGCCCGUCGCUCCGCCAUCACGUGUUGCCCGGCGGCUGCCUCCGCGGCGCUCUCCGCGGCGUGCGCCCCCUUCCGCCUGACGCGCCCCCGGCGGCGGCGGCCGCGCAGCCCUGGCUCCUCGCGGGCUUGGGCGGCGGCUGCGGCGGGGCUAUGGCGAGCGGCGGUGGCGGGGGUAGCGCGGGCGGGGGCCUGGGCCUAGGCCCGGGCCCGGUUCUGAGCCUAAGCAUGGGUGAGGCCACCAGCGAGGCGGACGAGGAGGCGGCCACGGCCGAGGCGGUGGGACGCCUGGCCACGACGCUGUGGCUGCGGCUCCGCGGCUGGGAGUCGGUGCUGGCGGCGGCGCAGCGGCUGCUGGUGUGGGAGAAGCCGCUGCACAGCCUGGUCACGGCGGCCGCGCUCAACGGCCUCUUCUGGUUGCUGUCUUCGUCGUCCCUCCGGCCCAUCUUCCUACUCAGCGUCUCACUUUUGGCCUAUUUUCUGCUGGAUCUAUGGCAGCCUCGCUUCCUCCCUGACAUGCCAGCAUCAUCCCCAGAGGAGCCACACUCUGACAGUGAGGGUGCGGGGUCAGGCGCCCGGCCGCACCUGCUGAGUGUGCCCGAGUUGUGCAGAUACCUGGCUGAGAGCUGGCUCACCUUCCAGAUUCACCUGCAGGAGCUGCUGCAGUACAAGAGGCAGAAUCCAGCUCAGUUCUGUGCUCGAGUCUGCUCUGGCUGUGCUGUGUUGGCUGUGCUGGGACACUAUGUUCCAGGGAUUAUGAUUUCCUACAUUGUCUUGCUGAGUAUCCUGCUGUGGCCCCUGGUGGUUUAUCAUGAGCUGAUCCAGAGGAUGUACACUCGCCUCGAACCCCUGCUCAUGCAGCUGGACUACAGCAUGAAGGCAGAAGCUGACACCCUGCAUCACAAACACGACAAGAGGAAGCGGCAAGGGAAGAACACACUCCCCGGAAGUGAUGAGCCACUGGCAGACACAGAGAGUGAAAGCGAGGCAGAACUGGCUGGCUUCUCCCCGGUGGUGGAUGUGAAGAAAACAGCACUGGCUUUGGCCAUUACAGACUCGGAGCUGUCAGAUGAGGAGGCAUCUAUCUUGGAGAGUGGCGGCUUCUCAGUAUCCCGGGCCACAACUCCACAACUAACUGAUGUCUCUGAAGAUUUGGACCAGCAGAGCCUGCCAAGUGAGCCAGAGGAAGCCCUGAGCCGGGAGCUGGGGGAGGGAGAGGAGACAGAGAUGACCCCUCCCGAAGACGUGCUGGGCCCCCCUGAGGUCCUCUCAAGGCAAGACCUGGACUCAGAGGAGGAAGAGGAAGAGGAGGAGGAGGAGGAGGAAGUUGUGGCAGCCAAGGAAACCUUGCUUCGGCUCUCAUCCCCCCUUCACUUUGUGAACACACACUUCAAUGGGGCAGGUUCUCCCACGGAUGAAGUAAAGCUCUCCCCAGGAGGACCAGUGGAGACACUGAGCCCAGAGGCAGUGAGUGGUGACCCCGCCACGCCCUCAAGCACCCUGUCACCCCUGCUUUGCCUUGCUGAAAGUGAUCCAGUCCCUUCCAUCUCAGUGCUCCCACCUCUUCCCCAGGACUCUCCCCAGCCCCUGCCUGCCCCUGAGGAAGAAGAGGCACUUGCCUCUGAGGACUUCGAGUUGCUGGAUCAGGGGGAGCUGGAGCAGCUGAAUGCGGAGCUGGGGUUGGGGCCAGAGACAUCCCCAGAGCCCCCUGAUGCUCCACCCCCUCCACCCCUAGGGCCCAACACCCUUUCUCUGUUACAGUCAGACCAAGAAGCUGAGACCAUGGCAGAGCCAUGAGCCAUGGAAGAAAUUGCAGGCACAGUAAUAAGGCUUCCUGGCUAGGGCUGUCACUACUCUCUCCUUUCUCUACUAUUAGGAGCGGCAGUACGUGGGGAAGCUGGCUGUCAGGUGAUAGCUAGUCCACUUUCUGCCUACCUGCCUGCCUGUUGUCCCAGUCCUGCUUACAGUGCCUGGGAUUGGUUUCAAGUUUGUAAAUAACUUUACAUUUGGGUUAGUGGAUGUGAACAGGGCUAGGGAAGUUCUUCCCUCAGCCUGCACUUGCCUCCCUGUCUCAUCUCUAUUCUCAUUCCACUCUGCCCUAAACCCUGGUGGUCUAUCUUUUUCCUUUUCCUCCUAUCCUCAGGGACCUGUGCCGGUCUGUCCUUGUGUCCCACUUGUUUAGUUUAGACACUUUACAUUUUUCUCUCCUGUCCUGUGCUCUUCUCUGCUUUAUUUCCCUGCUGUGUCUUGUCCUUAGCAGCUCAAUCCCCACUCCGCCAGCUCCUCCUCCCUGGCUAAAACUUUAAGGAGGGUCCUGUUUGGGAGGUGCAGACUAAACCUGGGGUGGUGGGUCAGGCCAGUAGUUGAGCACUUAGGUCACUGAAGCCUGUGGAACCUCCACUGCACCCUUGGCCUAGUUCAUCCCAGCCUUUUAGAUACAGGAGCAGAGCAGGGAUCCCACAGCACGUGUACCAGCACUGUGUUAGUGAGCAGGAGCUCUGUCUUGUUGGGAAGAGGGGCUUUCUUACUGUUCCAGGGAAGAAAAGGAGACCUGUUCCGCUGGGCCAUGAGUAGUUCAAGUGUGGUGGGACCCCCUACUAGAGUGAGGAAGUGGACAGUAACAUCUGUGCAGGUGUUGAUUGGAAAAAUAAAAUGUUGAUUGGCUAGAA